AUGUACUUACCUUUAAUACCACUAUCCUACCUAAAAAAUGUGAAAGUCGCCUUUUAUUCACUUAACGUCAGACUGUUCGUGCCAGCUCCCCUACGUUGUUUUCGUUGCCAACGAUUUGGGCACACAUCAGUUAAUUGUGAAAAACCCCAAGUUUGUAUAUGUGGAAAACCCUUACGUACAGGAAGUCCUUGCACACCCCCCAUUAGGUGUGUUAAUUGUGACGGAACUCACUCAGCAAGAUCUAAAGAUUGCCCUAUAUAUAAACAGGAAUUCGCUAUUCAAGAACUAAAAACUAAAGAAAAUCUCUCGUAUUUUGAUGCAAAAAGAAAAGUUGCUGCCAAAACUCCUAGACCCAAUAAAAGCUACUCCCAAGUAAUUCGCCCACCAGCGCCUCCAACAAUUAAUAUCAAUGAUCUCGUUCAAUCCCUCAUUCCCCACCUUGUCAAAGCUAUCAGCCACCUAUUUUUACCGCCCCCUUCUACAUCCCAUAAUCUUCCACCCUACCCAAUGGCCCGAUCCUAUGAUGAAUCAGACAGACAAUCAAUAUCAAAAAGACGUAAAUCUGAUAGAUCUGAUAUUGAAUCUAUAAUGAGUGAAACACCAUCAAACUCAGAAACAAAAAGAAAGAAAAAAAAGCGGGUUGGCCAAAAGGCAAACCAAGAAAAACUUUGA